AUGUCCAAAUCACCAAAGGACUCUACACGCUUCACGGCCACUGGAGUAUGGGCGCACACACGUCCUGGUGGGCGGGCAACGACGCUACAAUUCGCUGAUCCAGCGCCGAAAAAUGAAACACCACAGCAAAAGGUCAAGCGGUUACGAGAGGCAGCAAACAGGGCGAAGAUGGCGCAGGUGACGAGGUGGGAUUACAUGUAUCUAUACGGCAGAAUGGCAGCAGAUGCGGCGCAUCGGUUUACCGUCUAUGGAUUGAUAUUUGCAACUGGUUGCGUUGGUGUACUCGCCGUCUUCUCGAUAGGCGACAUGAUUGUCUACAACCGGCGGAAACGCGCAAUUUACUUUGCCGAAGAAGAGCGCACACAGGCCAGGAUCCUCGAAGCCGCCCGCUCCGCUGUCGCAUCUGGGACUGCGUCACCAGCACAGGCUGCGCUUGUCGCAGGUAUUGCCGAAGAACAGGAAUUGAUGGAAAAGAAGAAGGCGGAGCGGAAAGCACCGUCCAAGCUGCUGUGGUGGCUGCACGGUGACUGGAAGGAGGACCAAUCUAUUGCCGAGCAGCGAAGGCUAGCCGUGGAAGAGAUCAAGCGACUAGAAGCCCAAGGAAACUCAAAUCUGGGCAUUACCGCUGCAGUGCAGGAGGCUAGGGCAAACGACACAUCAUACACAUCGCCGGCGCCAUCAACACAGACAGUAGGCGGACCAUUGGACAACGCUGCUGAGAAGGCAGUCAACAAGGUCGAGGCUACCGGCAAAGGCUGGUUUGGGUGGAUAACAGGAGGGUCCAAGAAGGAGUAA